CAAAGCUGUGAGCUAAAAUGUGUGAAGUGCAAGGAAGGCCUACCUGUGGUGGUGAUCCGAGCCGGAGAUGCCUUCUGCAGCUGAGAGCCUCUGACCUACUGAGUCCAAACGUCAGCUGGAAGGUUUAUCAAGAAUGCAGAUUCCUAGGACUCCCAGCAGUCCUGAAUCUGGGUUUAAAGAAGAGCCCGGGACUCUGCUUGUAGGACCCUUCCAGGCAUUUCUGGUCCAGGGACUGUUUCAAGGCGUUUUAUGUCCACAAGUUCAGAGCUGUGCUUGGGAAGAACCGGCUGAUCUUCCCAGGAGAGAAGGUGCUCCUGGCGUGGUCCGGGGGGCCGUCGUCCGGCUCCAUGGUCUGGCAGGUCCUCGAGGGUCUGAGUCGAGAUUCUGCCAAAAGACUGCGUUUUGUGCCAGGGGUUGUCUACGUCGAUGAGGGAGCGGCCUGCGGCCAGAGCCGGGAGGACCGCGCCAAAACGCUGGCCGAGGUGGAGCUGGUCCUGCAGACCACCGGCCUUCCGUGGCACGUCGUCGCUUUAGAAGAGGUGUUCAGCCUGCCCCCGUCCGUGCUGCGCAGCUUUGCUCAGGAGCCCUUGGGGACGCAGGGGGCCUACAAAACGGCUGUGGACAGCUUCCUCCAGCAGCAGCUCAUGCCGGGGAGUGAGGGGCCCAGGGGAGGCCCCAGCGCAGCCGUGGGUGAGGAGCAGCUGAGCCGGCCCCGCACCCAGGACCCCCCGAGCCCCGCUGUGCCACCCGCAGCUGCCCAGACUGAGGCUCUGUCCAGGCUGUUCAGUUCAGUGAAGACCCUGACGGCCAAGGAGGAGCUUCUGCAGACCCUGCGGACCCACUUGAUCCUGCAUGUGGCCCGGACCCAUGGCUACUCCAAGUUGAUGACAGGAGACAGCUGUACCCGUCUGGCUGUCAAGCUCAUGACCAGCCUGGCGCUGGGGAGAGGGGCCUUCCUGGCCUGGGACACGGGUUUCUCGGAUGAACGGUUUGGGGACGUGGUGGUGGUGCGGCCCAUGCGUGACCACACGCUGAAGGAAGUUGCCUUCUACAACCGCUUGUUUGGGGUCCCCUCUGUCUUCACACCAGCUGUUGAUACGAAGGCCCCCGAAAAGGCCAGCAUCCACCGGCUGACAGAGGCCUUCAUGCUCCGGCUGCAGGCUCAGUUCCCCUCUACAGUCAGCACUGUGUACAGGACGAGUGAGAAGCUGGUCAAGGCACCCAGGGACGGCCGUGCUGCUGGCCCCCCAGGCCCCCGCUGUCUCCUCUGUAUGUGCGCACUGGACGUCGACACUGCCGACAGUGCCACCGCUUUCGGGGCCCAGACCCUGAAUCUCUCCCAGACACAGCCCCCUGCCCAACCGGCUGAGGCCAGGGUGCCCAUGGGGCCCUGCUCUUCUGCAGGGAUGGAUGGGGCCCAGGGCUGCUGCCAAGCGGCCAGGCCACAUGGGAGGGGGGACCCCCGACCCCAGGUCGUCCAGCACCUCUGCUAUGGCUGCCGUGUGACCGUGAGGGACUUGCCCUCCCUGGACCCCCUGCCACCCUACAUCCUGGCUGAGGCGCAGCUCCGGAGCCAGAGGCACAGGCUGACCCUCUACUGCGGAGCCCCGGGAGGGGCCUUCCCGGCGGGAGCACCCGGGGGCUGCUUCCCACUGAGUGUGUCCCCCAGGGCCCUGCCGCAGACCCAGGAGGCUCUGGUCCAGGAGGCGGAGACGUACAUGCCAGUGAGAGCUGAGCCUGCGGCAAGUGCCCUGGACGAGAGCCGACCGCCAGGUCCCCCGUCGUGUGGAGCCGGAUGCUGUGGGUGGGCAGAGGGCACAUGACGGUCCAUUAGCAUAAAUAAAAACAUUUUAAUUA